AUGUGUUAUAUGAUCUCGUGGAGAUGGGGUUUGGUUUGUGAUGAGCAACAAUCGACGGAUCUUUUGGAAAUCUUCUUGAAAAUUAAUAGUUAUUCAAUGGCUAUUAAUGUUCAUUUGAAAAAUGGAUCUCUGCUUUCACCUGAUGUGAUGGAAGGUAGUGAUAGCACGAACACAACAAGUAGUACCCCAGCACCUGCUCAAGAGCGGAGUUUUAUAUCUCCGGAACAAGGAAUAAGUCAAGCACCAGUGUUUAGCAAUCAAAAUUAUCAUAGGCUGCAUACACUGAAUGGCUUUCCGCAGAAUCCUUAUCAAAAUGCAUCUUCGCUAUCAGCCACAAUGAGUUCUGCAAAUUUUAGUUUUCAUGAUUUCAAUGUUUACUCCCAGUUUCCUCAAAAAAUGGCUUUCCAUUAA